UACCAUAAAUCAUCUAAAUUAAGCCAAAAAUAGUGAAAAAUCAACCAUAAAUAGUCUAAAUUAGCUGAAAAUUCAACUGAAAAUCGUCUAAAUCGAGUCAAAAAUCGUCAAAAAUUAACUCAAAAAUCAUCCAAAUUAAGCCAAAAAUAGGUGAAAAAUCAACCAAAAAUCAUCCAAAUUAAGCGAAAAAUAGUCCAAAUUAACCGUAAAUCAUCCAAAAUUAAGCCAAAAUUAAUCCAAAAUUAAGCGAAAUUAACCUGGAAAUAGUGUAAAAUGAAGUGUAUAAUAGUGUUUUUGGUACUGUUUGAGUGUGCUGUGGCGCAGCCUACGGCCCCUGUAAACUUAGUGUUAAACAUAUUAAAGCGUAGGCCUAGGGGAUUUAAAGUACUGAGGCAGAAUUACUACGGCAUUGACGCUUUGGUUUACACUGCCGAUGGAAUUAUCGCCGAGGUCAGGGACUCAAAUGGUAACAUCUGGCGCAGCGACAAAUCAAUUGCAUCCACGAGGGUCACAACUUUUAAAAAAGACUCGAGGCUACUUCACAUACACUCCGUAACCACCAGUGGGAAGCAUCUGACGCAUUAUUUCUACAGGUCUGGCCGUGUCUGGAACGAGGUUGACAGUAAGUAUUUUUACGACGAAUUUGACGUUGCGAGGUUAGAAUCCUCAGCGGUAGGAGUUCACACUUUGUAUUUAAAUGACAGAAACUCACACAGGCGUGUGAUUUGGAACCACGCGGACACACGUUACGGCGCCUACGCGCCAGCCUCCGGGAUGAGAUUAGACAAGGUCUGUGACGUCAAUUGGGGUCACAUGUGCGUUAAAUCCGUCUGGAGUAGGAGGAAAAACGAGUAUCUCCUGUUUUCCUCAGUGUAUCCCAGGGACAAACCCACACUCGUCUACCUCGUGCUAUCAGACGGCUUUGAAAUUACUGAACAAUAUUACGAAAAAAUUGGAGUCAUAGGCCGGUGGACACAAAUCGAACGUGAGAAAUUUGUUAGUAAAGUGUUUGAUCACGUGGAUCUCACAAGUUUGGACUUGGACGUCGGGGUAGACUUUGAAAAUGUGAACAAGGAAAAAGUAUACACAAGCUCAUUUGGCAUUGAAAGAACUGUCCACAUUGCGUAUCCAAGACCUGGGACAACAAUUUCAGCCGUCACCGUAGGCGAGUUAAUCAUCUGGAAAUCAACAUCAUUCGAUAAAUGUGACUACGCAUGUCUUAUUACAGCGCCAGAAGUGCCUCUUCUGGCUUAUUUACUCCUCACUGAUGGUCUGGAUAGGAGAAUUGAAUACUUCCUAAACCAAAAUAAACUCUGGAUUCCCAUCGAAAAAUCAACAUUCUACCAACACCUCACACAACUCAAUUGUAACACCAACAACUCUGUUGAUGACAAUGUGAACCCUGGGGAUAAUGUGAACCCUGUGAACAAUGAUAUGCAUUUGGAGAUGAGUAGUUUUAGGAAUAGGCGUGGUUUGUUGAUAAGAACGUAUCGUAGUUGUGUGAAAGAUUCGAGGGGUACAAUAGUAUUAACCCAUGGGAUAGGGUUGCAUUUUAUAGAAGUGGCCAUGAGGGCGAAUUUGGACUGGAAUUACGCCAAUUUCGGCUUCAUAACACAUCCGUUCCUCAUCUGCCCAGACACUUACUACUACAACUUCAGACGCCACAACGGGGACAGAUUCAGACAUAUUUUCGAGUAUAAUUUUGAUUCUCCCCUGUUACCCACGGGGUUACUGAGGAACUUUGAGUAUUCCGGCGGUCUAAUGCAAUUGUUUAAUCAGUUGGGAUACGACGUGUACGGCAUGGAUUUGCAGUCUAACGGAUUUUCCGAGAGUUAUGACUCGUUAAAAUCACACGUGUGUGGGUCCAAAGACUACCUCGACGAUAUGGUCCAGUUUUUACACAUUGUGCUGGAGAAUAAGUUUAAAGAUCCAGCCGAGUGGACGGCCAAUCCCACGUUCAACAGGGGCAAAAACCCUGUGAUACUAUUCGGGUUCUCAUUUGGCGCUAACCUGUCCAUCCGCACAAUCCAAGAACUUGUCAAGAGAAAUACAUCUAUAGAUAAAACUGGUGGCAAUGAGAGAAUGGGGGACACUCUGAGGAUAGUGGACGGCGUGGUGUCAUUGUCGGGAAUGUUGAAUAUGGAAUCGCACCUGGGAACGAGAUUCAAAACGCUAAUGGCCACAUUCAUCAGAAUCUGCGCCGCACUCAUUCCCAGAAAGAUUAUCAAAUUUAAACCACUCCCAGUCUUCAACCAGUCCUACCCCUACUCCAUACUUCUCAACGACGACAAAUUUUACCCGCCCAGGUUUAGUUGGAGGAUGGCGUUGUAUAUUUUAUUAUACGCUAGACGCGUUAUCAAGAACAUGAAAUUCUAUCCCAAGGACCUGCCAACCCUAGUCAUACACUUCAAAGAUGAUCCCGCAUGCUCCUUUCAAGGAGUGCGAGAUUUGUUAUCGGUGAGUGGUGGGUAUGAUGUGAGAUCGGUGGAGAUAAACGGGAACAUACAUCACUCGUACAAACCCGAAUACAUACACAUGGUCUCCAAAUACUUCCAAGAGUGGAUCAAUCAUCACUUCAACACUUAAUAUUCUCAACAUACACUAUAC